AAGCAUGGAAUCAUCAAAGGAUAUAAAAUUUAUUACUGAUGAGACACUUGAUUUUGAACUAUUUUCUGCUUUGGAUGGCAGUGAUUGCUGUUAUGGACAAGAAGAGGAAGAGUCUAUAACUUGUCCCCUCGAACUCAAUGACAAGAAUGUGGCACAAGAAGUUGAUCUAAACAUCUUGUUGGAGGAGAAUGAUGGAAGGACCAAAGAGCCAAUUCCACAGUGGAGUCCCCUGACUCCAAUGAAGCUGGAGGAGGUCAUGAAAGAAGCUAACCUGCUGGCUAUGCAGCUUGAGAAAUGUCAGCUGCUGGAAAAGCAGAAUAUCAGUUCUGAAACAAAGCUUGAGACAGUUGUAGAACACGAGCUUUUCACCCCAAUCAGGUUCUUGUGUACAGAGACUAAGAAUCCCCAGAAGUCCCGGAGAAAGACUUUCAAUGUGACAAACAGUCCUCUGAAAGCUCUACUCCCAACAGUAGAACCAGUUACCUGCUUGGCUCAAGGUUCCCCCAAAUCUCUGUUUUCUGAAGGUAGAAGUCCAUCUUCCCGCCUGAUGGACUUGCUUAGUCCCAGAAGAUUCCAAAGUACACCUUACGUUUGCAGCACUGAUGUUCCCCAAGCUAAGCUCUCUGAACCCAAGGCCUUGAUGACAAUGACAUCUGGCAAUAGAAAGGCAACUAUCAGGAACAACAGGACAGACCGCCCACUUGCCCUCCCCACUACCACAAAAGGCCAGCAGCCAUUGCUGCAUUUGAAACCUCUCCCUCAAACCAGCAUAAGGAAAACGCAGAGGAAGACAGAAGCUUCUGCUAAAAACGGUUCUGAUCAAGGCCCACAGGUUUCCUCUAACCAAGGGACGGUGCUUGCUGCACAAGUGAAAAGAAAGCCAAAUCCUCAGAUGCGUUUCCGGCAGACCAGCCCUGUGAAAAAAAUUGCAGCUGCUCCAGAAAAGAGGGCACCUCUCCAGAAGACAAAUGCAAGUCAGGUGAAAACUAUGGGAGGCAAUGGCCCCCCAAAACAAGCCUCUUCCAAGCCUUGUGGUGGUUCUGGUCAGACUCAAGCAAGACGCACUGUCACGCCUGCACUGGCAAGCCAACUCCCAAUGCCAAAGCAAACCAAUCGUACUGCUGCUGUUUCAGGCAGAUACACAGUUCCUCGGAAAUCCAGCCCAUUUAAACCAGUGAGUUCAGAAACAUCUGGUGGGCAGCGAUCCACUAAACCAACUGCUGGGAUUGGGAAGAAAGCUGCAUGUCAGAAGCCAGUCCCGCUGCGCACUUUUCAGAACAGCAGGCUGAGACUGCCAAAGACAGAUUCAAAAUGAGCGGAUGGAUCGCUGGGUUUUGAAGCCAUAUAAUACUACCAGCCAUUACUAUAAUCUUGGGAACAAGCCAGAAAGAACUGAUACUCUUGGGAGGAUGCCUUCCUUUUGAAGAUAAAGCUGCUUUGGUCUCAUAGAAACUUCUGGAAUCUCUUCUUUCAAGAGAACUUUCAAAGCUUGUGCUGUGCAUCUCCUCUGUUAUCACACUCUGGGCUUGUGGUUUGAGGAUCCUGGAGUUAAGGAAGUAUUACCAGUCCUUGUCCUAUCAUUACAUUCCUUAGAUUUAUAAAUGAAACUUGUGUGGGCUAGAAGUCUGUGUUGCAGCCCAUGAAGCUUUGCUGAGCCAUUGCUGGAAGAGAUAACUUCAGCUCAGCAGCAGAGAUUCUCCUGACUUUCUGAUGGUUGGCUUAGUUUAAAACUUUAUUAGAUAAAAACAGCCUUACUGGAGCCUAGUGGAAUAUUUAGUCUUUUAUAAGUUAUGCCAACCACUAUAAAGCAUUGCGCUGUAAAGAAGAAUUAUGUAAUACUGAAUAAUAUAUGCACUGUUGAUCAUUUUGAUAAUAGUAAACACUAACGUACACUUUCAGUUAUAUGUGAAGGUUGCUUAAACUUAUUCAAAGGUAAGAAAGCUUUUGAUUCUUAUUAUGUGAAAGACUACACAACUCUCAUCUCAAACCCUUUAUAUUUUCAUUCUUAUUCCUCUUUAUAUUAAACUGAGGAUGGUCAGUGGUAAUGCUGUUAAUCCAUAGAUUUCCUGUGCUAUUAAUAGUUGCCUACGAGACAGAAACCUAAAUAGAGGUUUAAAAGAAAUUAACUUACUGUAUUACAGAAUUGCUAAACAUUUAUCCCAAAACACAAAUCACACUCAUUUUAUACUCUUGUUGAUUAUUCUUAGGGCAUUUGUGGCUUAGAUGAUGAAAAAGCAGUACACAGUACUGAAAACAUCUGUGCUUGUGAGCCAGUUUCAUACUAUCUAAGUUUUAGACCUAUAUAAAGAUGAAACAAUACUUCUAAGCUGAUGCAGUGGUAUUCUUAGAAUCCCAGUUUGGAACAGAUCUACCUGCCUGCUUUCAUCAUCCAUCUACUUAAUCAAAUUUGCAACAAUCUAACCCAGAAAAAAAUGCCUUGAUUAAAAAAAAAUAUUCAGCUCCUUCCUAUUCUAAAUUAAAUGGUACUUCCCUGUUGUAUAAUAAAGCUUUCAAUGAAGGAAGUUGAGACUAUUUAUGCAAUCUCUGCAGAAGUGGGGUAAUGUGUUAAGCACCACAAUACUCUUGAUUUCAAGACAAUAUAGCGACAGGACUCUAUUCAAAGACUGUGGAGUGAUUCCUAAAUAUAUGGAAAUUCUUCCUCCAGCAGAUCCAAAGGGAUGGAAGAUGAAUUCUUUGCAGCUUAAGGAGUUGCAACAGUGAAGUUAAUCCUUAUGCCUUAUGCACAAGAUUGAAGGAGCAAAUGCUGUGACAAAAUGCAGUAUCAAUUCUGCCAUAAUAUCCAUGUAUGUUGUAUUGAUAAUUUUCUAAUUUCUGAAAAAAUAUAUGCCUUUCUAAUAAAAACACAUCUGCAUAAUGA